CAUUGCCCUGAGCCCGUUGCCACGUCGUACGCAGUGAGAAACCGAUUGUCCUCGUUCAUCUCCUUUAAUCUCCUAGCCUUGUGUACGACCGUUCGUAAUAAAACUCUUAAAUAAGAGUUCGUAAGAGUGUUGAAUAGAUUGGCCGAGCCUCUUUAGGGAGUGGGGUCGCCCGUUAGGCCGUUCAGGUUCCACUCAGGUUCGACCCUGAGCAGUCUGGCACCAACCUCUCUUGGAUUACGUACUACAGGCCUACUGAAGAUGAUGAAAAACCUAAAUGACAGAGCAAACCAGCUAGGAAAGAUCCUCCGUUUGAUGAUGUGUUAGAAACGGUUCACGCGUGAUGUGAAAGAAUAUUUGCCAAACAAUGAAGAUGUCAACCUCGCAGACGGACUCUUUGAGGAACGUUUCCGAUAAAUUAUUAAGGAAAGAAUACAAAAUGGAUCGAAGAACGUAGCAAAAAUGGAGCUGUGGUUCACGAGCAAUUCCCUGAGCCCCGGACCCUGAAGUCAUGUUAAAACACACUGUAACCGCAAGCAGUGGAUUGGGCCGACACAUAUCACAAGACCCGAGAGGCUUCGAUCACCAACGGCAGCCUAACGGCAGUGUGAGGACGAUUUAUCGAGAACCGCCGCCAGUGCUCAAUCAUUCUUAUCACGGCAAUACAAGUUACAGCAGGCCGUACAAUCUAGGCAACCCUUAUUCGAACUCGUCUACUUUGAGCAAUUCGAAACAUUCGGUCGGUGGGACAUCUGCUAGUGUUAGUCCUCUGGGCAUCGCCAAUGGUGGUUUGAACAUCUCGAGGCCUUCUCAGACACCGUACGUCGAAGCGGUGAACCCGAGGCUGGUACAGACCUACGCCAACACCCAAGGAUUGAAUAUAUCGACUUUAAGCAAUUCGAAAUAUUCCCUCGGCGGCAAUUCGAGUCGGGUCAGCCCCUUGGAAGCUGCCAACGCUUCCAACCAUGGAAGGAUAUCUAACGGAGGACUGAAUAUAUCUAGAGUGGCAAGUAACCCUCCGCCCAGUCUGCCAGUUUCAUCGAGGGUCGCGUUAGAGAGGUCGCCGGGCGUCAAAGAGAUGCUCACUUCGCUCGGACUGCUCUGUCUCGUGUCUCUACUCCUAGCCUUGCUGUCUCUUGUAUUCAUGCUGAAAAUCUCACCGGUGACCGCUUCCGACGUCAAAGACUUUCUAAGGUCGGACCAAGUAACUGUGAUAUCUCCGGACGAGUAUGUGUUAGUGUAUGAAGUGACUCUCGCACUCUGUGCCUUUUCUCUUUCUCUGAACUUAUGCUGUUUGCUAGUUUGCUCAGUCCAAUUUCUCUUUGCUGUCAAGCUCGUCAGAGACUCGCCCGACGGUCAAAGAACAAACAAGUACCUGAAAAAAUCUGCAUUUACGAGAGUUUGUGCAGUUGGAGGAUUUUUCGUGUCUAUUCCAGUGUUUUUAACAGGAAUAAUUUUAUACACAUUUAUACAAUUCCACUCAACUCCUGCAAUAAUAACUAGUGUUUUAAUUGGUCUGGGUAUCAUAUUCUGUGGAUGUGCUAUGGUUCAUAAUGUUUUUGUUUGGCAAAAGGAGAAAACAAAUGCAGUUAGAGCUUUAUCACAGCAACAGAGGCUUGCAUUGCAAGAACAAUCGAUGCUUGAUCAUUCUCGAACUAUGAUGCAUUCAUCAAUGAUUCACAGCAUAGAUAACAUGAGCCCUGGACCUAUUCCUCAUGCAACUCUAGAUCUUAGUAAUGCUACUCCAACACCACCUGAGAUCUGCACAGUUGUCUAAGAUCAAUUACCUCAUUAAGGACGAGAGUACAUAUUAAAAAAAAAAAUUACGUGAUUUAGCACAUUUUAUUUUUGUAAAAAUUUUAUGUGGUAACGAAGUUUGGUUUUUUGUUUAAGAGGAAUAUUUUUCUGCUUGUAAUUGUUUAAGUUAUGUUAUAGUGUUUUUCAAGAAAAAAAAAGAAGUUUUUUUUAACUUAAAUUUCAACCUGCUUCAUUUUCAUUAUAACAUCAAUGUUCUUGCCUUUUUUCUUUUUGUUAAAGUUGUACAAAUACAAUUUUAUAUUUUUGUUUUAAUUUUAUAGUCCUCUGUAAGUUUUAUUGUAAUAUAUACAUAUUAUAUAUUUGACUAUUUCUUUUACUAUACUUACCUGCUUGAUAAGGCUUGAUUAAAUUAAUCUGUCAAAUCAAUUUUUUUUUUUUUAGUUUUAUUAUAUAUUAUCAAGAAAUUAAAAAUGCAUUUGUUUAUUUGAAGUUUUAACAACUUGGCAUAAAUAAUGCAUAAACAUUAAACUUUUUUCCCAUGUAGAAUUAUGUAAAUAGUUCAAAAGUAAUAUUUAGCAUAAGGUAGAUUG